AGAGCAGCUAGCAGCUGGACACGUCAGGAUGAGUCUGCCGGACUACAAACCCUCAGAGAAACAGUCUCUACCCACUCUCCCGCACUCUCCUGUGGUGCAGCUGAACGUGGGGGGGCACCUGUUCAGCACCGCUCUGAGCACGCUCCGUAAACACCCCGACUCCAGGCUGGCUGAGUUGUUCAGCUCUCCGCCCAAACUACGCUCCGACCCUCAGGGACGCUACUUCAUCGACCGCGACGGGUCACACUUCGGAGCCGUCCUCGACUUCCUGAGAUCCGCCUGCCUGCCAACACACAGCACCAAGGAGGUUCACAGGGAGGCGGUGUACUACAACAUCAGACCCCUGGUGAAGCUCCUGGAGGAGAGCCCUCCUCUGUUUGGAGAGCUGGUGGGCCGGCAGCAGUUCCUCUCCAGAGUCCCUCACUACAGGGAGAACAUCGAGGUGCUGAUUCGUAUCGCUAGAGCCGAGGCCAUAGCCGCCCGCCAGUCCACCAUCAUGAUAUGCGUGCUGCGCACAGAGGAGGACUUGGGUCUCUAUGACAACGCCAUCAACAGCCUGGAGUCAAAUAAGGAGUCGGUGGUGACGUUCGGACCCUGGAAGGCCGCGCUGUCCGUCAAAGACCUGCUGGACUGUGUGAAGCUGGACAUCGAGAGUCAGGGCUACAGCGUGAGCAUCCAGCGCCACGCGGUGGAGAGGAGCUUCCUGUCCUCCAGGAACUACGACUACUUCCACAAACUCAUCUUCACCUGGUGGUGAUGACAGGGGCUGCUUUCAGCUGCUUCUUAAGAAACUAGAUUAAAAACAACAGACAGCAAUUUGAUAUUUUACAAUUUGGAAUAGACCAAGUUAAUCCAAGUAGUUCCUGUCAGGGAAUAAUUUCCAUACAUGUUUACCUUUCGCCCUCUGACGCAGAUGCCCAGCCUUGGGCAGCAUGCUAUCUCCCAUACGGAGGGGCUGCCCUAGCAAGUUGUUGUUGUUACCAGUUUAUGGACGGGCAACUCUCGGUCAGAGAUAGUUAUUGUUGUGGGACACCUGGAACACAUCCUUCUCAGGGUGUAGA